CAGACACACAGACAGAGACACACAGACAGACGCUCGUCCCCAGACUCUACAGAACACAGCCCUAUCUGACUGUGAGACAUGUCCUCCUCCUCUCUCCUGUGGUGCCUGCUGGUGGUGUGUGUUCUGACUGUGGUCCAGAUCUAUGCAGCAGAGGAACCUAAAGUCCUCAAGGUGUUCAACCUCAGAGCCAGCGACCUGAACAGCGGCUUGUUCCAGACCCCUGAUGCCUACGUCAAGGUGUUCAGAGGCGCCGGCUACGGUGGGAAAACAGAGGUAAAGACCGACAACCAUGACCCCUGGUGGCAGGAGGACUUCAACUUCUUCAAUGUCCGUGAGAACGACCCGCUGAGGCUAGAGGUGUACGACUCCGACGUGCUCUUCGACAACCUGCUGGGGACCUGUGAGCGCUCCAUCAAGAACGGAACUUGGCAACAUAGCUGCACCAUCAAGAGGGGAGGGACGCUGUAUUACUCCUACACCCUUGAGCCCCUACAGUACACCCUGCACUACUCCUACACCCUAGAGCCUCUACAGUAGACCCUGUAUUACUCCUACACCCCAAGCCUAGAGUAAUGUCCCACCUCUCAUCCACAACAAUCUGUCAAAACUCUGACCUCACUCUGAUUCCAAACACCCUCUACACCAGCGUUUCCCAAUCCCGGUCCUGGGCACUAACACACCUGAUUCAACUAAAGGCUUGAUGAUGAGUAGAAUCAAGUGUGUUAGCGGAAUGCUUGGGCAAAACCCAAAACGUGCUCCUCUUUGAGUCCCCAGCUCUAAACUGUGUUCUGAAUCACAACAGACACAUGUACCUAGUUUCCCCCUCCUCCUCACUCUGAUCUCAUGGUCCUCCCUUUAGACAUCAAUAAAAAAACAACUAUUUCAGUAUAAUG